UGGCCCUGAUGUCAUGAAGUCAGGCAGAGGAUGUGGGAUCUGUGUAUAUCAUAGUAUUUUUGCAGAGACCCGGUGCAGCUUUGCUUAACAAUGCGUUGAGUUGUGGUCUUCGAGCUGUACUCGGCUUCCUGUCCUCCUGUGCUGCGCAGGAUGCCUCACAGUCACGUUCUCCGUCUGCACUGCUGAGCUCAAGGGGCGUCUGGAGAGGCCAAAGAGCAUCCUGGGAGUUAAUCUGACAUCUAGCCCUCCGCUAACCCCCUUAUGGGACGUUUUAUGGAUUCCCAAGGUACAGAGCCUCAUCUCUCAGCCCUUCCAGAGCUUUAAAAACAUCUCCUGGUAUAAGCGCAGCAGAAGAUGGCUACGACCCUGCAUGAAUUCACGCAGUUUCUGGAUCCUAAGAUGUUCCCCAGAGUGCUUCAGAUCCAGUCAGGAAUAUAUUAUCAAGGCUGUGUGUAUGAGAUGUUUGGAAGAGAGUGCUCUCUUUCAACAGGAGAUUUGUUGAAAAUCAUUGAUAUCACCAUCAGCAGAUUCACAGCUCAGACCUCCAGCAACACUGAGAUUGAGAUCCCUGUGGAAUACCCAGGAUUGUUCAAACUACUGGCUGACAGUCAGCCGUACCAAAGCAUACAAGAGAUAGCUGACUCAGUGAAGAUCAGCUCCCACAGACUGUCCCAGCCGGUGUUCCUCAGCGGUUCAGAGAUUCAGCUGGCACAGGGCGUCAUACGGGAGGGAGACAGCUUCAGAAUCACUGCCGUCACCCGUGAGCUCAGCGGUGGAUGUGUGCAGUGUGAGCUUCUGCACAGAGAGCCCAAGAUCUGCUUCAGCCUGCGCUUCUCCCAGCAAGGCCACUUCACAGAGUGCCAGGACGACCAGUUUUACACCCUGAGAGAGAUAGCGGAGUGGAAAAUCUCCAAAGGCAGAAAGAGGACUGUAACCGAGGUCAAAACUCUGCCCAAAAAGGACUUCUUAUUCACAAAUUUGCUGGAGAAUGUAUUUGGAGAGCUGAAGCUGACUCCUGUGUAUGAACUGAAGGCUGUUACACGACUCAGUGAGAAAAUUCUGCUCAUCCCAUCAAAUUUGGAUGUGGAGGUGGUGGAUGUCACUGAGCAGUUUGAUUGUGACUCCUUUGUGCAGCCUCUUUCUCUUAUGGAUGUUUUCAAGAGUCCUCCAGAACUUUUUCCUGUGGUGGCGAAGUUGUCAAGUGAAAGACAUUUCAAGCUUUCUCCAGAGCUGGAAAUGCUUUUCAAUUCCAAUCAGGUGAUCAUUCAUAAUGCUUUCUAUACAAAACGAAUACUGGCCUCGGAAAUGGGUCGUGAAUCAACGAGACACUUUCUUAUUCCGGAGUCCUACAAUGGACGCUUAAAGCGGCGGCCGCGCCAGUUCCCCACCGCCUAUGAUCUGGAGCGCGCACGCAGCGAAACUGAACAGAUACACGUGGUGGCCACCAGGGACUUUGAGUCUGUGUAUAACGGGCUAGCUUCUGUAAGUGCUGGAGAUGAGUUUAUAGUAAACAAAGGCAAAAGCUGUGCGCUUUCACACAAUGGAACCAAGAGGGCAGCUGAUGCAUUUCAUUGUCUGAAAGUUACAGGGACAGAGACGAAGGAGCUUGUGCGCCUCCCCAUGUGUUUGGAGGGGGGAUUCAUGGAGCUGGUUAAAGACAAGCGUCAAUACACCAUUGCGGAAAUAUGCCGAUGGUUCCCGCUGCCCUUCAACGUCAAAGUGUCUGUGCGAGACCUCUCAUUGAAGGUGGAUGUUUUGGCUGGUGUUCCCGGUCUGCACAUUGAGGAGGAGAUCUCUGACCCUUGCCUCCUUAUUUCAAACACUGAGCUGUCAGAGAUCAGGGAGGUGCCAGUCAAUCGCACAGACUUGAUCCUCAACAUAAAGCAGCGCUGGGAAGGCCAGAGUCCAGUAUGUAGUGGGAAUUCAGUCAUAGAGGAAAUCUCAGAGGACUGUUACUACACACUCAGGAGGUAUGCCUUUACUACCAUCACACCCCCUCCACGACCUCCAAAAAAACCCAAAGACCCUCCACCUCGACCUCCCAAGAAGCUAUCAUCCAGAUCAGAGAGCGCAAACAGUGAAGGCUCCAGCUGCUCUCCACAGGGUCUUUGUUUUGAACCUUUUAAACAAGAUAACUUCAUUCAAUGCAGUGAUUCAAAAAAUGGAAAUGACAGAAAGAUUCCCAUAAGUCCAGUCAUUUUGCCAAGACCUACCCUGCUGAAAGAGCUUGCCAAGGGCCGAAGUCUGGACAGCGUAUCCAUCACAAAACAUGAUGGCGAUGAUGUGCAUGAUUAUGAAUAUAUUGAUGAAGCUCAGCUUGAUAGCAUAAGGAGUUAAUUAACAAACCAUUAACACAGGCAAAGGAAAACCAAGUGAAAACAAGAUGAAGCGUAUACUAUGAAGUUCACUAUGGCUGUGUUCCAAAACUGCUUACUUUAAUUUCACAUGAUGAGACUGACAUGGACAAAGUCUAUUUGAUAAUCACAUAACUUUACAUGACUGUAAAUCAGCUGGAAUACAAAUAAUUUAUUAGGUUCUUAUUAGUCCUGUAGGAGAAUAGUGUUACUGUAUUACAAUUGUUUUUAUGAAAUACAACCAGUCGGUUACACUUUAUUUUAUGGUGUCCUUGUUAUAGUGUAAUUAAACAUUUAAGUACUAAGGUAAAUUAAUUAAGUAUAUGAACUUACUGUAUGGUUUGAGUUAGGAUUAGGGUUACUUGCAUGCAAAUAUGCAUAAUUAAUUGUUAUUAUAACAGUAGGUACAUGUUUCACGUAACCUUAAAAUAAAGUUUAACCCACCACCUUGUCAACAUGGGUUGUGACAGGAAUUCAAAUUGUAUUCAAAUUUUAUUGGCAUUGGACAAAAAUGCUAUAAUGAUGACAAAGAUUUUAGAAAUGUUUUUUUUUUUUCUAUUGCUAAGCCUCAGCAGAUAAGCAUUGAUAGGUUUCCUGCAUAAAGCCCUGUAUUUCUCCAGGCUGCAGCUAUAUUUGGUGAAAAUGGCUUAUGGAUCAUGCACUCUUCAAAAAAUGUACAAAAAGCUAUCACUGGGGUAACACUUUUAUACCCUGUUUAUUUAAUGGCUCAUUUUAGAUGUAUAUAUUAAUAACUUUUAAAAGUGAACGGCUACAGUGACAGCUGCUUUUGAGUAAUGAUGCGUCUUUUUUGUCAACUUAAGUAUAUAUAUAUAAAGGCAGUUUUUUUUGUACAGUCUGGCUAUAUACUGUUAAAAGUGGGUGUAUUUUUAUAUUUUUUAUGUAGAAAGAAACAUAUAUUUUUUUUUUUUCAUUUUGCAUUUUGUCUGGUUUACUUUGAAUAAACGAUAAGGAUCCAUGUUUGA